GCGAGUGCGUAGGGCCACGUGAAAGGAUCGGGCUCGCGAGAAUAGCGUCCUGGGUUUCCCGCUCGUCGAGCGUUGAAGCGCGCACGAACCCCUCGACCCGCGCAGCCCCGCGCCGCCCCUGUAACCCCUACACACAACAACCCACGAAGCAACCCCCACUCCGAAUCGCACAACAGCCAGAGCGGAAGUACCAGUCAGUCGGCGAGCGACCAUCCGACAUCACGGUUAGCCUCUCUCUUUGUUCUUGCUCUCGAGGAGAGAAAAGACACGAGUGAGUCGCCGUCGCCGUCGUUUCCGUUGUUCCCAAGCCAGUCGUCGCGGCCGUGUUAUCAGACGGCGCAAAACACCCGCUGAUCGUUCGUUCGUUCGCUCGCUCGCUGGUUUCGGUUACUUUUCUACGUACCCGUGGUGUCGAGAAUCGUCGCCGCACGUGGCCACCGGCCCUCGAGAUACCGCGAAGAGGACACGCGACCUGAUUUUCGUACUUUUAUACACCAGUAAUGACUCUUCCGAUCGCGUCCUCAACGGCCUCAAGACACUCUCCGAGGUCUCGUCGCGAGUCCCGAACCGCCGGUUAGUUCGACGCGAGUGGAGAGUUGACCAGUUUUAAAGUUACCAGUUGUACCAGUAUCAUCAAGUUUGUUACGCUCUACGAUUCGCCAACGCGAUCGAUGACUCGGAUCAGGAUUUCUCUGAGUCACGACGACUGAUCGUUGAACAUUCGGAAAAGCCACGUAUCAGCCAUCUGCUUCGUGCCGGCUCGUCCGCCGCAUCAGCGGGAGCGAGAAUCUGUGAAUAAGUUCUUUAGGGAUUUGAAUUGAUCGAUCGUCGAUCGCUGCUAUCGAAAGUCGAAAGUCAUACCGAAACAGACGCAAAAGAGGAUUUUGAGUGUCACAGUCCUUCGGCGUACUUGUUGAAACCGGUCCCUGACUCUGCACGAAACCUUGAACGGCUAUAACCUUGGAAAUCAAUCGGACAAGAAGCUUCUCCGGUUGUUCCUGAGCACGUGUUACCGGCUUUCGAGGCAUCCUCGACUUCGCGCGCGGUCCUCGGCAGGGUUGCGAGAGAGUCCGCGGUAACAGGUGAAGAGGAAAUACGACCGUGACGCGGGCGGAAGGACCGAGGGUUCCGCGAGGCCAGAAGAGAAAAGAAGAAAGCCGGGAGCCAGAGGAGGGGGGCGGAGGUGGUGGUCCCGCGGCAAGGGGAACUCGAUUUGGGGUGGCCUCGUCACUGCAGGCGACCACCGCCUUGGCUCCGAGUGCACCGGGCCCCGGGCCUGCAGUGGUGGGCUGCCUGGUUGGGGUGUACCCCUGCUCGUCCACGGGGCCCAGGGGCCCCACAUCGUCGCAUCUCAGAGCGAUCCAGGCGAUCCAGACCGGGCAGCAACCCGGCUGCCGAGCCUGCUGCUGCGGACAUAACAACCCCCCGCCUCCGCCCCCGCCACCGCCGCCCCCGGUCCAGCUCACGAGUCAACGGGGCGGCCUGUCGCUGCGGGUAGCGAGGGUGGCGUCCACCACCUCCGUCCGAGCCGCCCCCUACGUCCACCCCCAGCACCAGGGACUGGGGCAGGAGUGCAGGUGUAGGGAGGAUACGGGCGCAGUGGGUGGAGGUGGUGCGCACAUCCUCGGCAGCCCGAUGCUGUUCGUUCCGUUCACGGUACCCACCUUUCCCACCGCCUCGCACCAGACCUCGCACCAGAAUUCCCACCAGACGAGCCACCAGGUACAGCAGCACCAGCAGCAGCUCGGGUCCAACCAGGCCGGGCAGCAGCAGAGUCAGCUGAACCACCUCAACCUUAACCACCUGAACCACAUCAACCAGGUCAUACCCCAGGGAUCCGUUCAGCAGCCGAUUCACAGCACGAGCUGUUCCCCGCAGCAGCAGGCCGCAACACCAAACAAGGAAAUGAAAGUCAACUGGGCGACGUCUCCUGGCAAUCAGCCGAAGCAGGACACAAGUAAACACUACCACAUAUUCGUCGGCGACCUAAGCCCGGAAAUCGAGACCCAGACACUGAGGGAGGCCUUCACCCCUUUCGGGGAGAUCUCAGACUGCAGAGUGGUAAGGGAUCCCCAGACGCUAAAGUCGAAAGGAUAUGGAUUCGUCUCGUUCGUUAAAAAAGCGGAGGCGGAGAGCGCCAUCGGUGCCAUGAACGGUCAGUGGCUUGGGAGUCGCAGCAUCCGCACCAACUGGGCGACCCGCAAACCACCGGCGCCAAAGUCUGAAGCAAACUCAAAGCCGCUCACUUUCGACGAAGUUUAUAAUCAAAGCAGCCCCACAAACUGCACCGUCUACUGCGGAGGCCUCACAAACGGUCUCACCGAAGAACUCAUGCAGAAAACCUUUUCGCCCUUCGGCUCCAUACAGGAGAUACGCGUCUUCAAGGAUAAGGGAUACGCGUUUGUCAGGUUCUCCACGAAAGAAUCGGCGACGCACGCCAUAGUCGCGGUCCACAACACCGACAUAAACGGACAGACGGUGAAGUGCAGCUGGGGAAAGGAGAGCGGAGAUCCGAACAACGCCCAGCAAACCGGACAGACGCUCACCUCAGCGACCUACCCCUACUACGCGGCGGCGGCGGCAGCCGCUGCGGCCGCAGCUGGUGUCGCGGGGGUGGCGGGGGUCGGAAGUGGAAUCGGCGGUGCCGGACAGCUCGGCUACUGGUAUCCACCCCAGUCGUAUCCGACAACCGCGACACAGAUGCAGGCCGCAGGUGGAUUCCUCCAGGGGAUGCAGGGUUACACCUACGGACAGUUCGCGGGGUACCAACAGGCCCAAUACAUGGGGAUGGGGAUGGGUGUUCAUGCGGCGGGAACGGCCGCUGGUUGGGGCCAGGGACUUCCCGGAGGCCCUCAGCUUCCCCCGCACCACGCAACCACCGUGUCGGCGCCCCCCGGCGUCCAGGCGGCAGCACCACCCCCGCCCCCGCCCGCCCAGAUGAUGGCCUACCCCAUGCAACAGUUCCAGUGUGUUCUUGGUUGCGGUCCAGCUAGCGGAUGAGGACUGGCUGGCGCCUAGUCUUCUAGUGUGAUGGUAAACACGCACUCGCCAGCGACACCACUGCUACGUCACUUCCGGUUUGAGCCCCUCCCCCUCCCCAGCAAUAGGUACGCCCAACAACGACGACGCCGAAGAAGAAGAAGAAGAAGAAGAAGAAGAAGGAAAAGAAUGAGAAGGAGAAGGAGAAGAAAAAGAAGAAGGAAAAUGACGAGCCGGCGAAGGAGACCGACGCCGAUCACACCGAGGAACCAUCCCUCCGCCAAGGCCCGUCUCUUCGCGACUUCCGUUGACGCUGAACCGAGAACGGCUUCCGGAUGCGGGUCGAACGGAGCCGCGUUCCAUUGCUGCCAGGCUGGCUGGCUGGCUACUGACACACCAAACUAUGCCAACGGACAAACCCGUGACUCUUUUAAAACGGAGCAAAGACGCAGCGUUGUUUCUGAUGACAUUAUUGCACACUCUGCUUUCGCUCUUGUUAUUAUUAUCACUAUUAUUGUGAUCAUUAUUAUUAUUAUCACUAUCACUAUCACUAUCAUCAUCAUCAUCAUCAUCAUCAUCAUUAUUAUUAUUAUUAUUAUUAUUAUUAUUACUAUUAUCGUUCUCAUUCGACUAUCAUCGUCGUCAUGCUGUGUCGUAUUGUACCACUAUUAUCAUUAUCAUUAUUAUUAUUAUUAUUGUUAUUGUUAUUGUUAUUAUUAUUACCAUUGUCAUAUUACGUGCGCCAGUUUAUCGGUAACUGCAGACAAUGAGUGCAUGAUUUGACGCGGCGUAGGGGUGCGGUGCUGCCGUUUUAUUCAACGAGAUACGCAUCUUGCCAGUUUCGUAUAAUGUAGAAUCUGAACUUGUGGUAAUAACCACGUUGUAGCGCAAUUUCAAGAGACCGGCGUGUUGAAUGACCACUUGCCUGUAGUUUUUUAGGAGAAAAGAGAAAAUUGAAGGGAAGGAAAGCGUUUUAUCUUUGGUAAAAAAAGAAAAACGUUGAAUACCAUGAUUCGUCAUAUUCUCUUUUACCGUUCAAGUUGAAUCUGACGUGUUGAAGUAGUUUCUUCUUUAUCCAGGCACGUAAUUGUAAUUUGUUUCGCAAAAUUCAAGACGGAAUUUAUAAACUCAAAUAUAGGAAAUAAAAUAAAAUUAUUGCAAAGGAAACAAAAACUUGGAACGAGUCGCUGAAUCUUAACCCAGCGAAUGAGUCUUUGAAUACGGGGUCGAUACGAACUGCAGCAAUUCUCUCCCCGCGAAACGUUUGCGACGAAAAAUGCUAAUUUUUUUCAACUCACGGCUCUCGUGCAAAAUCGCCGUCUCUUUUUUUUUCUAAUUAUUGUAACGAUUAAUCGACCGUUACGUGUCAAUACGUGCCUCGAACUUGAAUGUGAACUAAAAUCGUAGCUCCGAUCGCUGGUCAACACCCGAAAUUGCGAAUUGAAAACUGAACGUCGCGCAGGCAUCGCACCCCUAAAUCGCCUGUGUGCAAUAGUUAAAAUACACGCGUAAAAUAUGUAUAAAUUAUAUAAUAGAAAGAAUUACGUGUAUUGAAAGCCGAUAUAGUUAGGUGGUUAUAGUUAGUUGGUUAACUGGUUAGUCAGUUGGUUGGCCGGUUGGUUAGAUGGUUUGUUAGGUAGUUAGUUGGGUAGUUAGUUACUUACCUUAGCUAUAGACGGGUAGUUAGUUAGUUAGUUAGUUAGUUAGUUAUGUAUCAUAUAAAUAUACAACCAUCAGUGCGCAGAGAAAUUCAAAGGCGAGGAAAGUGCAAUUAAAAAUGGAAAUAUAUUUCCUGCAUAGUGCAGUAUACUGAGAAUUUGAAUUAUGCCUACAUCUCGCCGAGUCGUCACCAGAAACUAUUGUAGUAUUAGGUUCUACGCUCGUUGACUCUUUUUUUGCUUCAACAUUUGUAUUUUUACCGAACCUAAUGGAAAUUCAAAUACGCAGUGACAUUUUUUUUUUUUUUUUUUUUUUUGCUUACAAAACACAUUUAAACUUUUAUUCGCCAAUCGUGGUGAAUCGGUGCAAAGAAAACAAGUGAAAUACAUCAGUCAAUCAAUCGAUCAAUCUAUUGCACCGAUUAUUUUUACAAUGAUUCAAACGUUUUUAGCUGGAUGUAUGAAUAAAGGACAAAUGAUCAACAUUAACGCAAUCUGGCGUCACGACGUAGCGUGAAGUUGUUUUUUUCCUUUUUUUUUCUCUUCCUUUUAUGGCGUCGAAAACGACAACGACGUAUCUCGAAAAAUAGUCGCGUUUGAAUUUCCCCGCUCUCCUUCUCUCUCGCGAUCACCAUUACGGAGAGGUGAAGAAGGGAAAGAAAAAAAAUAAGAAAAAAAGACCCAAAAAAUUACCCAAAAUAAAAGUAAAAAAGGAAAAAAAAA